AAAUAACGCGUGACAUCCUAUUCUACUCGCUGUUUAUUUUUCUCCUUAUCUAACUACACCACUUAUUUUGCCACUGCUUUCUCCACUCAAACCAAACUAAGAAAAAGCCACUUCUCGUCACCUACAACCAACUUCACCUGCGCCGGUGAACAUUCCGGCAAUGUGGAAGCUGCUCAUAUCCUUCCUUUACUUGGCUGCAUUUGCUGCUGCUCAAACAUCAACUAAAAAACCCAGUCCAUGGCAGACUCUCAAAGGAGAUGCACCUUUGGUGAUAGCAAAUGGAGGCUUUUCAGGAUUAUUUCCACAUUCUAGUUCUAUUGCUUAUGCUUUUGCAUUACAAACUGGUUUGCCCAACACGAUAUUGUGGUGUGACGUCCAAUUAACAAGUGAUGGAUACGGUGUCUGCCUUCCAGACCUUUUGCUUAACAAUGGUUCCGACACUGGUGAUCAAUUUCCAAACAAGAAAAAGACCUACCUUAUCAAUGGUAACCGUACAACUGGAUGGUUUUCAGUGGAUUUCACCUUAAGCGAACUCUCAAAAGUCUCUUUAAUCCAGGGAGUUUAUUCACGGACGUUUCAGUUUGAUCAAAACCUGUUUCCAGUAAUGACUAUUCAAGAAGUGGUAAAGCAGGUUAAACCACCAGGAUUAUGGUUGAAUAUCCAGCAUGCUGCGUUCUUCGACCAACAUAAAUUAAACAUAAGAAGUUUUGUACUUUCUACAUCCAGAAGUUCUAUUGUGAAUUAUAUUUCAUCGCCAGAGGUGAACUUUCUUAAAAGUAUCGUGGCAAGACUUAAAGCAACCCCAACAAAGCUUGUCUUUCGGUUUCUUGGGAAGAAAGAUAUCGAGCCUUCAACCAACCAAACCUAUGAUUCUCUGUUAAAGAAUCUGACAUUUAUUAAAACAUUUGCUUCUGGAAUUCUAGUCCCAAAAACUUACAUAUGGCCUGUUGAUCCAAAACUGAAUCUGCAGCCAUCUACCUCAGUUGUUAUUGAUGCUCACAAAGAGGGGUUAAAAAUAUAUGCAUCGGAUUUUGCAAAUGAUGUACCUCUUGCAUAUGAUUUUAGUUAUGAUCCUGUAGACGAAUAUUUAAAAUUCAUUGACAACGACAACUUCUCCGUGGAUGGGGUGCUAUCUGACUUCCCAAUAACUCCAUCAGCAGCUAUAGAUUGUUACUCUCACAUGGAUAAAAAUGACUCAAGUCCAGCGAAACCUUUGAUUAUCACUCAUGAAGGAGCAAGUGGUGACUACCCAGGUUGCACUGAUUUGGCGUAUAAAAAAGCAAUUACUGAUGGUGCUGAUAUUCUUGACUGUCCAGUUCAGAUGACGAAGGAUGGACUGCCAUUUUGUUUGGGCUCUAUAAACCUUAUAGAUAGAACCAAUGCUGUUCAGGCUUACAGUACCCUUACUAUGGAUAUUCCUGAACUUAAUGGUGCAGGGAUAUUUUCCUUUAACCUAACCUGGAAAGAAAUUCAAGAUCUGAAACCGCAAAUAUUUAAUCCAUAUGCAGAGGAGAAACUGUACCGGAAUCAAAACAACAAGAACAAGGGAAAUCUCAUGUUGUUGUCCGACUUUUUGGGUUUAGCCUACAAUGCAACUUCUAUUUCAGGUGUUGUGAUUAGCAUUGAGGAAGCAUCUUUCCUAGCCAAGCAGGGUUUGAGUGUGACAGAUGCUGUUCUUGAUGCUCUGAGCACAAACGAUUAUGAUAAUCAGACGAUAAAAAGGGUUAUGAUUCAAUCAACUAACAGUGCAGUGCUUACUAAAAUCAAGGAGAAGAAAAACUUUGAAUUUGUUUAUGAGGUUGAUGAAGUAAUACGUGAUGCACUGAAUUCAACGAUGUUGGACAUCAAGAAAUUUGCUGAUGCCGUUGUGAUCAAGAAGAAGUCUGUCUUCAGCCGAAAUAAUAUUGGAUUCCUUAUUGGGACUACAGAUGUCGUGCCAAAGUUGAAGGCAUUUAAGCUACCUGUCUAUGUAAAACUCUUCCAGAAUGAAUUCUUUCCUCAGGCAUGGGACUUCUUUUCAGAUGCACGAGUGGAGCUAAAUUCCUUUGUUGUUGGAGCCGAUAUUGAUGGUGUCAUUACUGAAUUCCCCAGAACUGCAAAUAAUUAUAGAAGGAACCGAUGUUUAGGGUUAGGGACGAAUACACCACCUUACAUGACUCCAGUAGAACCGGGUAGCCUGUUAACAGUUGUUCUUCCUCAACCACCAGCGCAAGCUCCUAGCCCAGUCUUGUCCGACUCCAACGUGCUCGAGCCCCCAUUGCCUUCUGUUGCAGUUGCACCAACUACCGCAAAUACCACUACUCCAGCAUUGCCUCCAACCAAUCCACGUAAUGGACAAUCUAAACUAGUUUUGAGCGUUCUGGUUGCCAACCUGCCUCUUCUUCUAGCUGCUAUUUUAUCAUUAUGAGUACAGGCCAAGGCAGUUGCCCGUUGCCACAUUCAUUAUUUUGCAUAUAUUAUUAUUUGCAAAUAUCAUUGUAUAAUAUUAUGGUUGAAGCUUCAUCAAAUUACAGAUAAUUCAUUUGGCGCUGCUCAUAAGCUUCUGUGUUAUUAUACUAGGCAUUUCGCUUCA